CCGUCUCCUUGUCCAGGCUCAGCAGGACUCCCGUCUGCGGGCUCAGCCGCGCCUACGAGCCCCGCUCCAGACUUUUACAACAAAAGACAACCACUUGGAAAGUGUUUUUACACGGGAAUUUAACCCUGGAUGGGAAGAGAACAAAAGGGGUGGGACGGUUGAAUCAUAACCUUCCCGUCCCCUCCAUCCGUCCUUCCCCAUCUCUCCGGAUGAUGUAACUGUUUUAUGACAGGCUGAAUCCUCCUCUCUCCCUUCACCAAGUGCUCGUACUUGACUUCACUUUGCUAUCGGCGCACGGUCUCAUUUUCAUCCGGUUCUGAAGCCUCGGACAGCGGGUUCGGCUCGGCGGGACGGUGCGCUCGACUGGCCGCUCCUCGGUGACCCGCGAGCGGCGGGAAGCGUCCUGCGACCGCUGCCCUCUUAAAGUGCAGUCAUGUGGCAGAGGAUUCAGAUUUGCUGCGCACUGUUUGCACUGUAUUCAGCGGCACCGCCUGCACACAUUAACCGCCUGGCUCUGUUCCCUGACAAGAGUGCCUGGUGUGAAGCCAAGAACAUCACGCAGAUAGUCGGACACACGGGAUGUCAGCCUCGCUCGAUUCAAAACAGAGCUUGUCUGGGGCAGUGUUUCAGUUACAGCGUACCCAACACCUUCCCACAGUCCACAGAGUCGCUGGUGCACUGUGACUCCUGCAUGCCUGCUCAGACUCAGUGGGAAGUGGUGACGUUGGAGUGCCCGGGCAGCGUGGAGUCUCCUCACGUGGACAAGUUGGUGGAGAGGAUCUUCCACUGUAGCUGCCAGUCAUGCAGUAAGGAAGGUGCCCAGGAGGGGGCAGUAAUGCAGCUGUAUCCAGCAGACAGUGGCCUGGACAGCCAGUCUUUAUCUGACAUCCUGAUCGGGCCUCAGACUCUCCCUCUGUCUCAUUCAGAUACACACACUAAACACGCUCGCACGGACCAUCACACGCUGCCACACACAUCAGACGGAGGGUAGCCACGGCGCCUCCACUCUCUCCUCCGCGUAGCAUCCUUUACAGUCUGUAGUUUUUCCAAAGGCACUUUGAAAGUAAGACUUCACUUUGAGUUAAAGGGUUUCCUAAAGCCACACACGUGCACAGUUAUGUUAUCACAAUCCAGCCUGUUGUGCAUCGACAACACCAGCCUAUUCAGUUUUUGAUUAACACAUGCAAAUUUGUGCAUCCAGAUCUGUUAAUAAGUUGUAUUCUUUCUCAAUACCUUUGAGCUUCAAAUGCAAUAAAAUCUGUUGUGGAAAAACAAAUGCA